AGGGGUCAAUGACCCUAGCUAAAAGGCUUCUGGGACUUGUAGUUCCAGUAGACGUUAGACAGAGGGGCCCCUGGUCUCAGUUCAGCCCUUGUCUCCCUUCUGGUCUCCCCAGUCAGCGAAGAGUUUACCGGUCCAGCUCUUCAGGGUUUGCUCUCCCUCUGGUAACCAUCGAAGAUACGCCGACCUUGUGCAGCCAUGGCCGCCGAAGAGGCCAAGAAGUGCCCAGGGGCUCAUGAGGGGACGACUUUGGGGCAGGGCCGUAUCACAGAGUGUCCAGUGACAGGAGAUCAGUGCCUGCUCCCAGUGCAAGAGAGUUCAUCCAGUACCCAGGAUGAAGACAAGUGUCCAACAGCACACUGCUCAGAGCCAGAGCACCAGGAGGAGGGACUCAAGCAGGAGGAACCGGGACUAGAGCCAGAGCCAGAGGCAGGGGAAGAGAAGGGCCCCAAGCCUGUGGGCUCCAUUGAGAAGCCCAGUAAUGGGCUGAAGAAGAAGCCGGUCAAGAUUGAAGGUGAACUGCCACCAGGGACACUGCCGCUGAAGAGGGAGGAGCUGGAGGCCAGUCAGAGUGAGCCCUCACCGCCCGCCAAACAGACCAAAAAAGCCAAGAAACGCAAGAGUCUCGGGGCUCCUGUGCUCCCAGCUGUGGCCAGCACAACGUGUGCACCCCCAGAGAUUCUGGAGCCCCCUGCUCUGCCCUGGGUCCUUGCAGGAAAGGCCCAGCGUCUGCGACCACUGUACCAGUACAUCAACUAUUGCAACCCUGAGCUGAACCAGGCAGAGGAGGGGAACGAGGAGUUCAAGGUGGACCCUAAGUUGGAGCUGUCUCUGGUUCCUGAGGAGGUGGGUGUGAAGCAGCUUCAGGACUUGCUGCCCAUGGCGGGACAGCCAGGCUUAGGCCUUGGUUUGCCUUGCCCCAGUGCAUUAGUGCCACCCACCCCUGCUCUGGCUCCGCUGGUCGAGCAGGCUGGAGUGGAACCUGGUGGCUUGCCCAGCCUGGGGGCAAGUGGCUGCCUCAAGGCCGAAGUGGACAAGUCCACACAGGUAGACAUCGAUAAGAUGCUGAGUGUCUGUGCUGCUCUUCUCGUGCCCCCACUGUCCCCUCAGUACAAGUGACUGUCACUCCCUGGAGGAUCCCCUCCUUCCAGGCCUGAAACAAGCCUCAGUCUGUCAGCUUAGACCAUCAUGUGGAGUAGGGAAUUCAGCCUCUGUCCCCACUUGGGAACAUGGGUUUGCAGAAAAUAAAUUUUUCCUUUUCUAAGA